AUGAAGACCGCAUUCGUCUCCUCGCUCCUGGCUGCGGCGUCUUUCGCCACCCUCCCUGCAGCGGCAGCGACGCUCGACGGCGGUCCGUCCUACUCGGUCCUUCACCGAAUUACAACGCUCGACGCAUCUUCGUCGUCCUCUCCCAUUACAUCGUGGACGCAACGUGGGUUUCUCGAAGUAUCGUCCUUCAACACGUCCUUCACGAAUCUACUCUCCGCAUCCGAAACCAAGUCCCUUCACGACCAGGCAUGGGAAGGAAAAGCUAGCGAGCUGCUAUAUCAACUAGCACUUGUCCCAUCCGGCGCCGAAAUAAGCGAAGAUGCCGGUCUCUACACAUCGGUGCGUUUAUGCCACUUGCAGCAGGGUCAUCGGGAUCUACCGUCCAUCGACGAUGAACUGCUCAUCACCCUCCGAUCCGAUUCCAUCGUCUCGCUCGGCUAUCGCAUCAAGGACAUCUCUCUCGAUCACACCAACUGUCCGCUCCCUUCCGACCGUAAGAUGUCUCUGGUGAGGGAAGAACGUCGAAAACAACGUCAACGACAACUCUCCCGUCGAAGGAACUCUCGUUCCCCCACCACCACCCCACCACAACAACCGCCCGUGGAAGAACUCAAGUUCAACACAGCUGUCAAGUCGAUCCAACCGCAAAAGGCAGCAAAAUUGACACUGAGAACCGCACAACCCACCAACGAAGACGGAAGCGUCAAAGUUGCUCCACCGGAGAAGAGCUUUGUGCAGAAGUACUGGAUGUACGCGAUUCCCGUGGUGAUCCUGUUGAUCAUGCCGGAUGGUGGAGAUGACAGGGAGGGAGGUGCAGAGGGUCAUGCGAGCAGCGAGCAUAGGGGAACCGGUCAGGGUGCUAAGAGGUUGAACUGA